UUGGUACUUUUUUUCAGUGCUACUCAAGUACUGUCACGUUCUGCUGCCACUGCUGCAUCAGUGAAGCGUAAAGUGAAGACAAAAAACAAAACAGAAAACAAUACGGAAAGUGUUGCCUCAAGUUCCUCCACUUCAAAAAGUGUAAAAAAAGUACCGGUUGUCAAUGGUACAAAGCGCGAAAGCGUGCCUGUGGAAACGCCUGUUCGCAUGGCACGUCCCAAGCAAUCUGACAUAUCAAUGUCAAUGAGAGAGAAUUUGCGGCGUUUAAAGAAUGUCCUGAAAUUGCCAAAGGCUCGACGAUGGGUGUACUGCGAGUUUUUCUAUUCGGGCGUCGACCAGCAACUGUUCAUGGGUGACAAUGAAUUUUUGCAUAUGCUUCGAGAUGCAUUGCCGAAUUUGCGCACCUACAAACUUUGCCGUCCGGAGUGGCGAGCUGUGCGUCGGAUGAUCGGAAAACCACGGCGAUGCUCGGAGGCAUUCUUAACUGAGGAACGUGAAGUACUUCAGGCAAAAAGUGGUUUGGAUUUACCGGUACGUCUACCACGACCCCUGGUUGUUGGCGCAAAAAUCUAUGCACGAGUACGCAGUCCCAAAGAUGGUAUCUAUGCUGGCACAAUUGAUGCCAUUUUGCCGGAUUCCUAUCGUGUGGUUUUUGAUAAAGAAGAAAUGAUACCACCAAUGAUAAUCAAAGAUUCGGAGGUUAUGUCCUAUCAACCGGUUGAAUUACUGUCGGUGCAUUACUAUUUGGAACAGAAUCGUGCAGCAAUUCCAAAUUCACUGAUGCGAUUUGGCCAUAUUGGUUUUCAGCACAAAAUCAAUGAUUCGACAACUUCCCGAAUUUAUGCAACACCAGAUUCCACUCGAAAAACUGCAGGAAUGCGCGAUGAAAAAGUUGGCAAUUUUCCGGUGCGAAUGCUUGUAAUCCUUGUGAAACUGAACAAAUUACUUGAUGUGAAACGAAUGUAUGUGCGACAAUUGACCGAUUUAAAUGCAGAAGCGGAAAGAAUGAAUUUACUCACCGAAGCAUACCCCACUGUUUUCCAGGUAUUAUUAACAGCGCGGCCAGAAGUACUGCGGAAAACAUGUUAUACGCAUGCUGUUCAAAUUGUUAAACACUGCAAUAAUGGGCUGAAUGUACAAAAUACGCGUGUCCUAGAUUUGGCUACUUCGUUAACUGCAUUACUGUUGCAGGUCAGGAUUAACCGUUCUGAUUGCAUUAAGGUGCAACUUCUAUCAAAUAUCAGCUAAAG